AUGAGCAUCGAGGAUGCGAUGGGAAAUCGCCCUUUUCCGGGGCUGACUCGACAGCGACAGGUGUACGGACACGAGUCCCAGGUAGCCGCAAACUCACCUUCUUGGCAGAGCUCCCACCUCGGAAAGGAGGGCCGGGCACAGCGGUCCCUCCAGACCGCUCAGAACAGACAAGAGGAUUUGGAAAGGGAAAAAGCGGGAAAAGAGAGAAAGAAACUUGAUUUCGUCUUCAACUACCGGUUCAAGGGAUCAAACGAGUCUGAGGACGACCAGGAAGAGACAGAGACUGUCACGCCCCAGUCGCCUGUUCCCUGGGAAGGCGCUGCGGACCCUGGGAGCGCCGAGCAGGAUGAACUUAGGAACGAACGGACUGGGGAAAAGGAAGACGAAACGGAUGAAGACGCUGACUACGAUGGAAAUGAAGAGAGCGACGAGGGAGUCCUUGAUGGCCAACACUACAUAAAGCGAGGAAAAUGGCAAAGGCAAAAGCUCUUCGCGACCAAACGCCCGACGUGCACAAGGACUUCUUCGUGUGGCGCUUCUCUUCGACUCUCUUGGGCCCAAUACCCAUCGCUCGCUGCUUCACCUUCCCACAGCAAGGGCUACAGUAUACCCUGCGCCACUGGAGCAGCAGAUAUGCUUCCACCUCUCUUCAGCCAACCGGUCGCCCAAGCUGUCCCCGUGCCACCGCCCGUCGCUCCCGUCCCUUUCUCCUACCCUGUCCCCACCCCGGUUCCGACCCCUGUCCCCACCCCGGUUCCGACCCCUGUCCCCACUCCGGUUCCGACCCCUGUCCCCACUCCGGUUCCGACCCCUGUCCCCACUCCAGUGCAAUCCACCGUUCCCCCGCUUGUCGCUGCGCCUGGCCCUGUGCCUCUGCCUGGCCCUUUACUUUCCGGGCACAUGCCCGCCCAGUUGAUUCCACCCUUCUCGGUGCCUACGCAGUCUCCUCAACUUGCUUUUCUUCUUGCGUCUUCAGGCGUGGAGACCCUUGUCGGUCCGCAAACCACUGCGCCCGCAGCCCCGUUUGGGCUCCAAACGGCUUCCUCGCCUGUUGGAGCCCAGUGGGGGACAGAUCCCACACGCGAGGCCGUUUUGAGCCAGUCUCGAACCGCGGACCAGGCUUCUUUCCUGCUCGCCACCCCCGCAGACAGUUCUGUGUCUCCCUACCUGGCCUCGCCGGACAGGAAUAUCCCGGCUGCUGUGGCGAGUCCAGCAAGCUUCUCGCCUAACAGUCCUGCUCCAACCGCGCCGCUGCCUGGGGCUCCGAGGUCGCCUUCUGCGGCAUUGGCAGCUGCGGCUGCCCGAGCCGAGGCAGGGGCCGCGGGCGCGUUCUCUCAAGCUCCGUAUUCUCCUUUUUCGGUGUCGCCACAGACACCCGGGGGGUUGCAGGCUGCGCCUGCCUCGCCUGGCCCCCAGGCCGCGGUCGCGGCAGCUCAAGGUGGGGGCGUUGGAGGCAGUCUCCUCCCGUUCGGAGAUGCGCAGGCAAAUCAGCUUCGAGCCAUUCAAAGAAAUUAUGAGGGGGGCGUCCCUGGAGCGCCGGCACCGGGAAGUGCGGCGGCGCCACCCGGAACGCUUCAGAGGGGAGAAGCCGUUGUUUCUCUGUUGCCUCCCGGGUCGCCUGGGGGACCUGGAGGGAUCCCCCCCGCCUCCGUUCAGCCCAGAAGGUACCAGGCUGCCCCGUCCCUCGCAGGAGGCGCGGCCUCUUUGGCUUCUUCGCCUCCAUUUGCUGUCGUUCUCGUGCCGGACGAGGUAGGGGCUGCGACGGCGUCAGAAGCAAACGACCUGUCGAGGCAGGCCCAAACCGGGGGAGGCCAAAACGGAGGGGCAGGCACGACGCCGCCGGAGACCCCGCUCUUUCCGUCCACACCGGGUCUCGUAAAUCCAUUUCCAAAUCAAUUCACCUAUCCGCUCCUCUCCCAUCCACCCCAGACGUACCAGCCCGACAGCGUUUCGCCCUCGCCUUCGUCUUUGUUGUCCAUUGGGGGCGCGCCAGGAGCAAAUGAUGGAGACAAGAGAGCUGAAGCAUCGAGCAGCGGCAACUCUGUUCAACCUAGCGACAGUGCGUCUCUGGACGGCCGUGGGGGCCUGCAGUCUGUCUCGCCGUUCCCGCCUGUUACGCUUCAGGAGCGAGGGCGCGUGGCAGGUGCAAGGCCCUCGGGUGGAAGAGAGAGCCUUGUCGGAGACGGACAGUCUCAGGCUUUGCACGAACUGCUUCUGAGGCAAGAAUGGUUAAGGCGGACGCUGCUCGAAGAUCCUGAGCGCGCACGUUUCUCCUCUGAGCCACGAAACCAGGGCGACAGUCACUCCGUGCCGCCAGAGGAGCCGGAGAGACCGCAGUCGCGUUUCCCAGCAGACCAGAACGCUCGGCUGUGGCCAGAGAUACACAGAAGAGAAGGCGCGACCGACCGUCUUGCACAAGGCUCGCCUCUUCAGCCGCCAACGAGGGAAGGGACACACGAGGAACAGGGAGCGAGAGAACAAGUCGGGGUGUAUGGCCCGCCGGACGGGAGGGAAGAAGGCAACCAAUACGCUAUGCUGCAGAGACGAAAGCAAGAAGAGAGAGAAGCGAGGGAGAGGCGAAAGCAGCCAGGACAGGGCGGGACCGGGGCAGAAACGCGCGGUGGCGCCGAAGCGACACAGCCAUAUGAACAAGAGGGCGUUUAUCCUCUCCUUCAAAUACCACACAUGGCGACGCUGCGAGAAGAGGAUAGUGCGCCCUCAGUCAUGAACAGAGAGCGAGAUAGAGAAGAAAUCAUCGAGAGAACGCACGAGACAGAUCACGCCAGAUAUCCUGGCCUGCCCCAGACGCGACGCCCGGAAACAUGCGCUCUGCCACCUUGCUGCUGUGACGAGAGGUUCUUCUGCCCGUCGCCGGCUUCGCCCGUGGAUAGUUCGGUUGCCUGCGAGAGACGCCGCGGAGAGCAGUCCGCGUGCUCGGGGAAGAUCGCCCGAGAGUGCGAUCCCGGACUUUUGUGUGUCAAUUACCGCUGUCUCCCGCCGCUACCUUUUCUUGCGGCUUCUUCCGCAUCAAGCGUCUCCGACCCAUUUCAAGAGACGGUGCCUCUGUCUCCGCAAAACCCGCCCCCGUUCCCUGGAGUGUCUUUCCCGCCUCCCUCCGCGUUUUCGCCGUCGCCUUCCAGCCUCGCCUGGACUUCGUCUCCGGCCGCUGCGUCUCCUCGCGCUGAACAGUCUUCUGUCUCGUCCUCCCUUUCCCGGUCGCUCGAGUUCCCCCUCCACCUUGGAGAGGGCGUGCCUGGGUCACUCGUUUGCCCGCCCGGCACACGGUUCACGAGCUCAGAAGCGGAGAGUUGGUCGGCCCCAAACCAGAGAAACGAAUCGUUUGAACCUGGCGCUCUUCGGCGCGGCCGCUGUCGCCCCAUACAGGGAGAGCUCUGCGGAUCGGACAGCGACUGUGGAUGGGACCGUUUUUCUCUGGCCUUUUGCGACUCUACAGAAAACCGGUGUCGCGCCGCCUUCCCCGACUCUUCGCCGUGUCUUUCGCAUCUUCAACGACUCCUUCGCCUUCUCUUGGAGGAAGAAAUCGAAGCACAGCCAGACAGCGAGAGGCCAGCUUCUUACGACGCGCCCUUCGCCUCGGAAUGUCCAGGAGGGCGCCAGGACGACAUUUUUUCUGCGGCCUUCGACGAGGAGAGGAAAACCCAGUCUCGGAGAACUGCGGAGCCCAGCAGACACGCAGCGAGCAUAGCAGCAGAGACGAGCUUGACGACGCCUCAGGUGCUUCUCGCUUGGCUGCCUUCGAAGCGCGUCACCGGAGGCAGACAGUCCGGCGACAGCCCACCCCGCGACAGACGGAAGGUCGUCUCUCUUUCACGAGACACUCCUGCACUGCCUCUCCCCACGCCCGCUCCGAGGCGACUAGAAGAACCCUGGACGGAACUGGAGGGCGAACGUCUGCAGCUUCUUCAGGAGGCCCGAAGGCGGUUCCUGUGCUGCGUGAUCGGCGACGCGACAUCCUCAGAGGGGAGCGAGGGACAGCUCUCUGUGCUCUCGCUGUUGGACUGGCGGCGGUCUCCAGAAGGCGACGCGUUUCCAGGUGUGCAGAACCGAGCGCGGGGCGUCUCCGCCUCGCACGCUGAGACGCGAGAAGCAGGAAACCUGCCGUCUUGGCUCCUGCCGAUCUUUCCCGACGGGGUUUGGGCGUGCGACGACGAACAGAGAUCCAGUGCCCAGGCAGACCGUGAACACGCCAGACGCCCGCGGCGAGACCCGCCCGACGCCAACGCCGAACGAGGAGGCCUCGGCGCCGGGACGCGUCGAGACCGCCCUCCCGUCGGCUUGUCGGCUGCUUCUUCCCCGAGACGAGAAGAGGAAGUGAGGAAGGACAGAGACGAGAGGAACGCGAGUGCGGAGUUUUUCGCGCAGCAGAGAGGUCAAGGUAAAAGAGAAGAGACGGCGAAACAGAAGGACGCACAGAGAGAAGAAGCUGAGGACGCACUCAGGCAACACACGGAGACACGGAGGGCGGAAGACGAACCUGCUUGGCCGGCAUCGCUGUCUGCCUCGUUGCUGGACUUUUUCCCCAGAGACAACGCCUCUUCUUCUCCUUCCGUUGACUCCUUAGCGUCUCCGUCCCUCGACGGACCUUCGUCUCUUGACGGAGACAGUUCAAGGGCGAGAGACGCCGACGCGGGGGCCGGGGCAUCCCAGCAGCUCGGCCCCGUUUUCAGGCACCGCGAGGCUUGGCAGGAUGAGCAAGAACGUGCGUCUCGCCUGCAUCUCCAGAGGGAAAAAGACAGGCGACGCAGAGAGGAGCUUCAAGUCGGAGAAGAGGAGCGAGGAGGAAGGGAGGGGAAAAGCCAGAGUGACCCAGCGGGGACAGGACCCGAGAGAGGUGUGGACGUGGCAGCGGGAGCCAGUGAGGCCGCGGAGACAGCAGGUGAAGUUUCCAAGAAAAGCGGCAAUGAAGGGGGCUGGACACUCCCUGUGUCGGCGAGAGGGGACCGCCCGCCGCUGUUUUCCACGCGUCUGUCCUUUUCGUUCCAAGCUUCUUUUGAGCAAGUGGCGGGAGAGAAGGACAGAAAGCGCCAAGAAGAGAGAGGAAUGGAGGACGGGCGCGCAGGCCGCGGUGAAGAGGAGAGCGGACAAAUCCACACGCCUGGGGAAGCAGGAAAGAGACGCAGAGGCGUUUAUUUCAACCGCGUUGCCAAUGGCGUCGCGACGGACGCUUCGGCUCCGCGGGAGCGUGAAGGUCGAGGCCGGUUGGAAAACCCCAGGGAGACACACGUGGGAACAAAAGAAGGAAGUGACUCAAGCGAAGAAGAACGCGAGACUGGAGAACCGGGACGUGCAGAGGACCGACAGGGAAGAAGAGAGAGCGACUCAGACGAAGGGCGAGAAAGACGAGAAGGCGACCACCGGAGAGACGCUUCAGGGAAGCUUCCGUCGUUGCCGAAUGGCGCUUUCGACGAAGAGAGGAAUCGAAAGCGAACAGGCAGUGAAGAGUAUACGGGGUCUCUCAACAGGGACAGCGCCGCUCCGGAGCACGCCCCGAGAGAACGCGGAGAAGAUCGACGGCAGCACCACGCGCCUGCGGACUCGCGAGGCGGGAUCGAGGGCGGAGAUACGCGAGAAAAACAAGCAGGCGAGACAGAGAAGGAGCGAAGCGCGAGAGAGUCAAAGGCGGAAGCAGAAAAACCCCACCUGCGGGAAGCGGAUUUCAACACGGAAACAGAUGGAGAAAAGAUGGAAGAGAGCGGCAAGGAAGAGCCAGCGGAGCCCUACCUUCUUCCCGAAGGAGAGGUCAUUGUCACUCUGGAUCGAGGAGGGAAAGGAACGCCGUUGAACCGCCUAAAAACACGCGACAUUCUCUCGCUCCAGAGUGCGCUGCUCCGCGCCGCCUCCACCCUGCUUCCCAUUCCUCCCCUCUUAGACACUAGGUUUGUCUCUUCCGCGAACACGAACUGGAAUUCGGGAGACGAAACCGCCGAAGCCGAGAAGAAAGAAGAUCGAGAGGAUGGCUACGAGUCCCGCGAGAAUACGAGACAGAAGCGAGAAAGCGACGACUGGUCCUGGGCAGUUCUGUCUGGCGCCGGAGACGAUCGUCAGGUGUGCAUACACCUCGUUCUCCGGUGUACCGGUCCUCGGUGCAGCACCAGCGUCCUUUCUCCCCACCUGCGAGCAGACGAAGAAGAUCAAAAUCUUUCUCUUCCCCUUUCCGCCUCUCCCUCUGCGUCUGCCUUUUCAGUCUUCGAGGCGGCCCGCCCGUCUGAGACUGAGGCGCACAAGAGUUCUGAGACGCAAACGCAGCCGGUCGGGGAGAAGACGGCCGGCAGGAAGCGGAGCACAGGCACCGACCUCUUGGCAGCUCAGCUGGAGAAGAAACUCCUUCAAUUUCGAGAUUUCCUGCUGCCGGCCAAAGGCGCAUUGGGAGACGUGGGCUCCUCUCCCUCCCGUUCGUCUCGAGAUUUGGACGAAUUGGAUCCGUGGCUAAGCGAAACAGUCAGAUCCCGUCGCGCGCGCGUUUCUCUCUUGCUCGCUCCAAAAUCAACCCAGAAGCCGCUUUCCGCGUCUUCGUCCCUCUCGCCUCUCGCGGCCGUCCGCUUCUCGCCUUCCGCUGCUCUGUCCUUCUUUCUCUCUCCAAAGCUGAACGAUCCCGAAGUGGCCUUCGCUGACGCGCUCCUGGACCGCUUUUUUCUCCUUUUUUCUGGAGAGAACCAGGAGCAGGGAGAAGGCCGAGAUGGCAGGGUGACUGAAGAGUUGACUGAAGAGUCGACGAGAGAGGAAAGGAAACACCAGAGCGAAGAGGAAAGCGAAGACGAACGCGCCGAAGGCCAGGUGCUGCGGUACUUGGAAGAUCUGUUUACACACACGGAGGGAGAAGUGCGGGCCUCUGUACUCUUUCUGCUUCUCAGCCAACUGUUUGGAGGCGCAGACCCUGGCGCGCGUCUCGAGUCUCCCCUUGUGUCUCCUUUCCUUCGUUCCUCUGCGGUUUCGGCCUCCCACCCUCUGGGGCCUCACGAACCAUCCGAGAAGAAAAGAAAGGAGAACGACGAGCAGCGAUUCUACCACGCUUUUCUGCGGAUCUGGAAGGAAGUGUUGCAGAGGGAACUCGGCGAACUGUACGGGCCGACUGUGUCCAUCGAUGCUGUCGGGCACCAGGCGACGACCGCCGUCAUCCACUUCUCCGCAAACGCAGAGACGAUCAUCGCCGUCAAGCGGCAUGCGAUGCUGCCAAGGAGCUCCCUUCUGCAAAACAGCAGCUUCUUCCAGGGUCUGAGGCCCUAUGAAAUUCUCCUUUGUCCAGGUCACCAAGUUCCCUCGCGUUCUGUCGCCGCUGUCUCGCCCUACCAAGACCUGCUCUUUCUCGUCAAUCUCAGUCGGGUUUCUUCUCAGUUGACCUCUUGGGUUCCCGGUCUUCUCCAGCCGUCCGCUGCGCCGCCCACCUCCUCGGCACGUCCUUCUUCCUCCGCUGUCUCUUCCUCUCCCUCGUCGCCCGCGGGUGCGUCUCCUGCCUUGCCUCCCGCGUCUUCUGUUUCUCCGCCGUCUCCGAGUCCAGCGCCAACCGGUGUGUUGCCUGUCUUUCCGGAGCCUGCAGACGCGCCGGCUCCAGAGGAACAGGACUUGUCUUCCUCCUGGAACGCCUUCUCUCCGUCCCCUCAGGCAGAAGAGCGCGAAGAGGCGAGGAGCGACAGGCGAGAAGGCCACGCCCCCGAGCAGCUGGCGAGUUCGCCCCCGGCGCGGCGAGGCCGGCUUCCGUCCGCGCCGUCGUCCCCUGCGGGAGACGUGCUCGCGAGCACAGGUUCUGAUGAAGAAGCAAGCGAGAGAUGGAAUCUGAGAGGAGGGAUGCUCCCUUCGAAGACUCACCGGCGGCUCUCGCUUGAGCGCUGGCAGCAAGGCGAAAGCCUACAGAGAGAUUCCGGCACUUUCUGCUUGUCAGACAGGGAAGAGAAUGCAGAAGAGAAGAACGGAGAGAAGAAGGAAGAGAGGGAGGAAGUCGAGGCGGGGGUUCUCCCCGAGGAUCCGGGAAGGGAGGAAGACAGAGUCGGAGAGCGGGGAAACCGCGGAAAAGAAGACACAGGAGAGGAAGAACCCGCCAGAGCAAGGAUCCAGCUUACCGAGAUGCAACAGAAGAAGGAACAGGGAACUUGUUCGUUUAGAGCAGAUGAAGAGGAAACUGGCCCGCGGCUCCUGGCCGCUGUGGAGGGUCACGACGCAUCCAUCGGACGUAGUGCCCGGCCGGAGUUGUCUCUUCUCUCGGCUGUUCUUUUCCUUCUCGAUUCGCUCGUCACAAGGGCGUGCGCAAACGUCUGCUACGGCAUGCGAGGCGAGACAACUUUUUCUCGGGGGCGUGGGAGAGGACCAGAGGAAGAAGGACACGAUAGAGAAACGCUGGGGGUUUCCGCAGGAGCUGAGGAAGGCGGCUCAACACCUCUGGACCCCCAAGACGGCAGCCUGGCUGAAGUUGCUGCAAUCCCUGUACGAAUUCUUCCGACUCCGUACAGCACUCCCGAGGCGCUUCUUCCAGUCGUUUCCUCCAUUAAACGUCACCUUCUCUUUCCCCUGUCUCCUUCCGUCCCCCUUCCCCUCGCUUCUUUCUUUCCUUUCGGUUCCGUAGUCGUCCGCUGCUCGACUGACCCGCGGCUGAGCGAAUCUGUAGACCUCACCAGUUCCACACAAGCCACGGAGACCGGGGACUUCCUGUUUCACCACGCCUUCCCAACUUCUUGGAAACAGGCAGGAUCCCAACCCUCCUCGCCUUUUGGUUCUUCACCUGCGCUCUGGGGAGUCACGGGUGAGGCGGGGCGGGUGGGUACAGAAGGCAGAAGUUCAAAACGCGGCGAGCGCGAAACGCCCGUUCUCGCAGGCCAAGCAGCGUUUCCUUCUGUCACCCAGACAGGCUUUUCCGUGCGAGGAGCGUCAAAUCGCGGUGGGGACGUGAAGCAAGAAGAACUCCAAGAAGACACACAACGCGAAGGCGCUGGAAACGGCUCCGCGGGAGAGUCCGCGGGUCAUCACGGGAGAAAGUCGAAGCCAGGCCACGCCCUGACAGCGGAAGGAGAGGCAGUGGGAGAAGUCGGCACGGCAGAAGCAAGUGAAAGGCAAGACCCGAGUGAAGUUGAAAGCGAAAGGAAAGAAAGAGGCGAAGAGAAAUCGAAAUUCGAUGCAGCUGGAACAGAUGGCGAACGAGGAAGAGGUCCGUCGCCGAGGCGCUGGCGUACACCCGCAUCGCUUGCCGGACUCCUGAGGGAGCGCCCGAAGCGAUCAGACUCGCUUCGAGAUGAAUGA